AUGUCUUUCCCCGUCGCCUUCCGCUCAGCCGUCUUCUACUUCGUCGCCUGCACGCCAUGUGCCAAGGUCCGCCACCGUCACAAGGCCAAGGAGCAGGCGCGAAAAGAGCGGCUGGAAAAGGCCAAGCUCGAGACGGAGCAGCCCGGCCUGUACCGCCACCCUUCACCCUUCAACACCAACCCGUACUGGCAGGAGGAGAUCAGCAUGGGUCCCAGCCUGCCCAAAAAGGCCGCCAGCAAGAAUUCGAGCCAGAGGGGGCUCACAAGCUCCGGCCAGGAGAGCAACGCCCCGAGCAUGUCGGAGCAGACUGUCGUAGGGGACAGUCGUACCAACUUUGCCGACAGCCUGUCAGCCCUGCCCGAGGACGACACCGUAUCAGAAGAUUGGAACCGCCGCCGUGGCUACCAAAGAGAGGACGAGGAGCUAUGGGGUCAGGCCGGUGGAGGGUCUGGCCAUAGGCUGAUGGAUGCCUUCUCCAAGGCGCGAGACUCGGCCGGUAGGCUCAUCGACGCGACCCUCGGCAUCGAGAAGGAGGUAACGGAACAGGAGCGCCGCGACUUUUACUUUUCGCCGAGAAACCCGCCAGUCAACGACUACCACCCGCCCGUCGUCAGCAGCAAGCCGCCGCACCGAGACGCCCACAAGUGGAUGCUGCAGCCGCCUCCGCCCGCCAAGGUCAUGGAAGGCAAGGUGCCUGUGUCUCGAGCUAUCAGCACCGGGAGCAGGUCCAGCGGCAGGACCAUGGCAUCUGACGAGGCACACCUGGGCCGCAUGCUUAAGGAGAAGCUCGCCAUGGAGAGAAUGCGCAAGGAGAGCAACCCGACAGAGACGGAGCUUAUUGAGUCCCUGUUCCUGACCCGGAGCCACCACUCCGCCGCCCGCACGAGGAGCCGGAGCCUAUCCUUCAACGACUCAGACGACUCCCUAGACAACCCGUUUGAGAGGCGGAGGCGGACCCGGCGACCUCCAGCGGCGCGGCCGCCGGGAGCCGACUCGGACUCGGAAAACGAGGCGCCGCUGCCCAUUACACAAACGACGAGCCACAACAGCACUUCUACGCAUGCCGCCCAGCGGCCUAAACUAGAGACGAUACCGAGCACCGACACGGGCAGCAGCGGCCGCCAGUCGUCGAGGAAGGCGACGAAGCGGCAAAAGUCGACGAGGAGCAGGACCAAGACGUGGGUCAACUCUCCCGUCGGCGAUGACACGGAAUAA